CUGGAGCUGGACGCAAAUAACGAGAAGGCUUUGUUUAGACGAGGAGAGUCAUUGAUUGUCAUGAAGGAGUUUGACCGGGCGAGAGCAGACUUCCAGCACGUCACUCAGUUGUAUCCAGCCAAUAAGGCUGCGAAGAGCCAGAUUGUGGUCUGCCAGAAACAUAUCAAAGAGCAACAUGAGAAGGACAAACGCCUCUAUGCCAACAUGUUCCAGAAGUUUGCAGAGAGAGACGCCAAAAAAGAGUCCGAACAAGAGAAGGAGCAGGAAAAGAAAGAGAAUGGUAGUACAAUAAAAAUAGAUGAAAACGGAGCCCAGGAACAAACCGCAGCAUAAUAGCGUGCUUGCGUGUGCGUCUGUAUAAUUUACGGUCUUCUGUGUUAUGUUUUGUUUUUUAAGAGGUUUUUUUGUACCUUCUAUAAUAUCUGUCCCCCUGAAGCGACUGUGUUUGUGCGAGUGAGGAAGCGUACUUGCUUUGGUUUCUAAUCUAAUGUAGCAAGUGGUUUGCUUUUGUACUGUGGCCAGGUGUGCACUCGCAUAUGAUUGCACAUGUGUAUGAAUGUUUGUGCGCGAUACUGUAAGGCAGCUAGUCGGCCUGGCCAUGUUCUCUGCUGCGUCUCUCUGAGAUGUGGUGGAAAUAAAGCGAACUCGUUCUUUGUCUGUAGCCUGUACUGCAGCCUCUCGCGUGGGCGCAAUCCCGUCGCCUCUCCUUAGAAACUCUUGAGUAGCACUGCUGUACAAUAAAGCGCUUUUCUGUCCUGACACUAAACUUUAUGCAAAGUGCAUGGAAAUGAUCGCCAGGGCAAAAAAGACUGUUUUGAUUUCUUUGACUAGUAAACAUUUGAUUUGUUCUUUUUCCUUUUUAAAAACAUCUUUCCGCUGUUAAAUUCUUCAUGUUUAAUGCGUCACAACUGGAAGCAUUUCAAUAGUGAAUCUGCUGACGUUUUGCAAGCAUUUUAGAGGAGAAACCACGCACCUUUCCUGUGAAGAAUCGUCUAGUUUGUGCUUUACUCAUUUUCUGUGUGCAGCCUUUUUGGUGAGAUGGUUCUAGUGGAGAAUAUCAUCAAUCUGGGCUGAGAUGUUUGCUAUUUUAAAAUACAAGGUGAGAACAUUAACUUAGAACUGCAGUCUGUUUUGCGUUUUGUACCUUGUCUCUUCAUCUUGUGCACAAGAUUCCCCAUGAUUUCUCCAUAAUCGCUCGUGCACACGGUAAUCUGAUGGUGAAUUGUCAUGGCAGAAGAGGCUCUGUGUGAUAGAGCUCAUGCAGGACAGGAGUACUGUAGUGUGGUUUGUGCGCGAAACCUACAGAUAGUUAUUUUUCCAUGUCCUUGAUGCACCUCUGAUGUUGACUAGAACAAUAAAACAAACUCCAAAUCCU